CGAAAUUUUGGUAACAUGCUUAUUAAAAUAAAUAAAGAAAUAUAGGCAGAAAUGGAAUUAGAUGAAUUAAUGAGGGUGCAACAACGUGAAUUACGAGAAGAGAAGAAAAAAUAGCAGUGGUGGCGGCCGGACGUAACGUAAACAAAAUAAUGCACUAGUACAAAAUUAAAAAAAAAGGGAAAAAAUAGAAAGAAGGGAAAAAAAACCGUCCAACUAUGGACUAUCCGAUCACCAUCCGAAUCCUAAUCCAACACACGCGUUCGUCGCCUCCACGCGCCCGUCCCCCGGCGACUUCACCGAGUCACCUUUCCCAUUCCUACCCUUACGUCAAUGUGCUCAUUCAUUCAUCGCCAACCGGCACCCUUUCCCCUUUCACCGAUAUCCCACCCACUUCUCCUCCUCCUUUUAUUUCCUCCGAAUUUCCUCUGUUUAUCUCCGAUUGUAUUUCACUCUUUUUCCGAUAGAUCUGUUUCGUCAGGUUCCUGAAUUUAUUAGAGGUAUUUUUUAAUUUGUUUUUUGAUGGGGGAAUUCAAUGAUAUGUCUCUUGUUCCGGCACCGUUGAUGCAGACGCCGCCGACGAGGCCGCUGCCGUUCCGUGAAGAUUGUUGGAGUGAGGAGGCUACGGCGACUCUCGUUGAGGCUUGGGGACGCCGUUACGUCGAGCUCAACCGUGGGAAUCUCCGGCAGAAGGAUUGGCAGGAGGUCGCCGACGCCGUUAACGCCCUCCACGGUCAUACCAAGAAGACUCGCCGGACCGAUGUUCAGUGCAAGAAUCGGAUUGAUACGUUGAAGAAGAAGUACAAGAUUGAGAAGGCUAAAAUCGCCGAGUCUAACGGAACCCUAACGUCGUCCUGGCCGUUUUACUCGCGGCUGGAGACUUUGAUUGGACCGAAUUUGAAGAAUCAGAAUCAUAAGGGGUCACCGUUGGUGAAUUCUUCGCCGUAUUAUACUUCUCCGAUGUCGAUUCAGUCUCCUCCCAUGGGGAUUCCGUUGUAUAAUAAGAGGUCGCCUCUGAUGUCGCUGCCUCCGGUACCGCUUGCCGUUGAGUCGCCGGCGGUGGUUUUGCCUCAGAAGAGACCGUUUUCGGGUAUCAACAGUUCGAGUUUUAGGGAUAAUUAUUCAUUUACUGCUGCUGCUGCACUGCGCGAGGAUGUGGAUGAGGAUAAUGACGUAGACAGGGCUUCUGAAGACGAUGAGGAUGAUGAGGUUGAGGAGAGGGAAGAAGGCACCACGGUGCAGGAGGAGGGGAUGAGGAGUUUAGCCAAGGCAAUUGAGAGGUUCAGUGAAAUUUACGAGAGGGUUGAGAAUAUGAAGCAGAAGCAAAUGGUGGAGUUGGAGAAGCAAAGGAUGCAGUUUGCCAAGGAUUUGGAAGUGCAGAGGAUGCAGUUGUUUAUGGAUACACAAGUCCAGCUCGAGAAAAUUAAGCACGUUAAACGAUCUGGAUCAGAUGAUAUUUAUAGCUAGUUACUUGCUUGAGGAUGUAAUGGUUGUCAAAUCUCCAGUUCUGCCUUGUGUGCUUUCAAGUUUGAAAGCUUGUGUACCUCUGGAGGAAGAGACUGGAUUAUUGUUCUUAUUGAAAGUAUCAGCCACGACAGCCAUUCCACGUCCCGGUAGUAUAUUGUAGAAAAACUAUGAUUAUCUAUUUAUUGUUGCCAUUGUGGAAUUGUAGUUAGAGGAUCAAAUAUGUAGUCGUUUGAUUGUGCCCAAAGCUUGAAGCUAAAUGUAUUGGGCGUUUCACCUUGUUUUUUAACUACUAAUGCUUUUUUUAGCUGAACAAAUUACUCUUUUGUAGUAAGUGCGUUGAAGAAUUAUGAGUUCUGAUGUUUAAGAAUUAAGAUAGGCUUUUCUCAUAUUCUUUCCCUCCUUGGCACAUGAUAGCUUUGUGCAAUGUGGGUGUUGAAUCUAGAUGGGGGUAGGCUACAGCUUUAGUAAUGGAGAAAUGGAAAACCAAAUUGUAACGCAGAUGUUAAACAAAUCACCAA